AUGGCCGGAGGUGUCAUUGUUCCGAGCGAUGGCCCUGCCGCGGACUACGGCGGAGGCCUGACGCUCUCGGUGUUCAUGACCUGCCUCGUGGCUGCCUCGGGCGGCCUCAUCUUCGGCUACGACAUCGGCAUCUCAGGCGGUGUGACGCAAAUGGACUCGUUCCUGAAGAAGUUCUUCCCUGAAGUGCUUCGGGGGAUGAGGAGCGCAAAGCGUGACGCCUAUUGCAAAUACGACAACCAGCUGCUGACGGCAUUCACGUCGUCGAUGUACAUUGCCGGCAUGCUGGCGUCGUUGGUGGCGAGCAGCGUGACGAGGAGGGUGGGCCGCAAGGCCGUCAUGCUUAAAGGCGGCGUCAUGUUCCUCGCCGGCUCCCUCAUCAACGCCGGGGCCGUCAAUACUUCAAUGCUCAUCAUUGGCCGGAUCCUACUCGGCUUCGGUGUUGGGUUCACCGCGCAGGCGGCGCCGGUGUACCUGGCGGAGACGGCGCCGCCCAAGUGGCGGGGCGCCUUCACGACGGGGUUCCAGCUCUUCCUCAGCAUCGGCAACCUGGCGGCGAACCUGGUGAACUACGGCACCUCGCGCAUCCCGACGUGGGGGUGGCGCCUGUCGCUGGGCCUGGCCGCGGCGCCCGCCGCCGUCAUCCUGGCGGGGGCGCUGCUCAUCCCGGACACGCCCAGCAGCCUCCUGGUGCGCGGGCGCCCCGUGGAGGAGGCCCGCGCCGCGCUCCGCCGCGUCAGGGGCAGCAAGGCGGACGUGGACGCGGAGCUGGAGGACGUGGCCCGCGCCGUGGAGGCCGCACGGGGCCACGAGGAAGGCGCGUUCCGGCGAAUCCUCAGGCGGGAGCACCGGCACCACCUGGCGAUGGCCGUGGCGGUGCCGCUGUUCCAGCAGCUCACGGGGGUCAUCGUCAUCGCCUUCUUCUCGCCCGUGCUGUUCCAGACGGCCGGGUUCGGCAGCGACGCCGCGCUCAUGGGCGCCGUCAUCCUCGGCGCCGUCAACCUGGGCUCCACGCUCCUGUCCACCGUCACGGUCGACCGGUACGGCCGGCGGCCGCUGCUCCUCACCGGCGGGUUCGUCAUGAUCAUCUGCCAGGUCGCGGUCGCGUGGAUCAUGGGGUCCCAGAUCGGGGCCCACGGCGAGUCCGCCAUGGCCAGGCCCUACUCCCAGGCCGUGCUGGCGCUGACAUGCGUCUUCUCGGCGGCGUUCGGGUGGUCGUGGGGCCCGCUCUCCUGGGUGAUCCCCGGCGAGAUAUUCCCCGUGGAGAUCCGGUCGGCGGGGCAGGGCAUCAGCGUGGCCGUCAACCUGGGCGCCACGUUCCUGCUCACGCAGACGUUCCUCUCCAUGCUGUGCACGCUCAAGUACGCCACUUUCAUCUACUACGCCGCCUGGGUCGCCGUCAUGACCGCCUUCGUCGUGGCGUUCCUGCCGGAGACCAAGGGGGUGCCGCUCGAGGCCAUGGGCGCCAUCUGGGAGCGCCACUGGUACUGGAGACGGUUCGUGCAGCCGCCGCCGGCCAAGACGGCAGCCGAGGACCCCUGA